AUGCAUGCAUCUUCAAGAGGCUACACUUCACCAUCCUUGAAUGAAGUUAAAAAGACCUUGAUGAAGGCAAUCACCAAUGAUGAACAGCAACAACAUCGGACAGCAUUGAUCUAUUAUUUACAAUGUAUGCAACAAGUUUCGGAGUUUGUUCAGGCAGAAUUAUUGAAAGCCUCUUCCAAUCAGCAACAACAUCCACUCUCGGAGCAAUCUCAUCAAUUAUUGAAAUACUCAGAACAAUGUAUGGAGAGAAUUACAUCACUGGCUACGCCGUUAUUUCAAAACAGUGGAUCUUCUAAUUCUGGUGGAAAUCAAAAUUCCAAUAAUAAUAAUGGUAGUAACGGUAGUAGUAAUGAUAGUGGUGGUCAUAGCAUUGGAACCCUCCGUGACUCAACUCCUUCCUCAAAUACAGGGGCGUCAUGUAAUAGUACCACCGUCGCUACUGCUAACUCUUCAAAACUCAAUCAAACAACUGCAAAAACCAGUCAAACGACGGGCUUCACUCAAGCAAGUUCUGGUGUAGUCACAACCAAUUCCUCUCCUGUGGUGAAUACCAAUCUCUUAACAAAACGAAACUCAUUCAAAUCAUCACAGUCGUCGGCUUCUACUCCCACUAACACUCCUCCUCCAUCAUCACAACAGCCAAAACUACUGAAAGGUGCAUUUCCAUCGAAAGUGACGAGCAGUAGCAGUACGACAGCCCAACGAAUUCCCAACAACGCCAUGCCCAACACGUCAAGUUUAGCAAAUCAACAUUCAACACCAGUUCUGAAUGCCAUCCCACAACCAAAAAGCUCUCCAUCCAGCUCCACCUCUGCUUCUUCAUCAAAUGUUGGUGGCAACACGUCAACAAUCGAUUCCAAGAAAACUCUCCAAAUGAAAAGAAAGGAAUAUGAAAAAGCCCAAAUUAUACAAAUGAAAGAACAAAUGAUUAAAAUGAGUCAGGAACGAGCUCGACAAAUGGAAAUUCAAAACAAUGUAAAUAACUUUUUGCAGAGGAUUCAAAAUAAGAAACGAACCUUCCGAUGGAAAGAACAAGAUGCAUGGUCCAAGUUUGUUGACACCAAUUUUAAUUACCAAAACAUGUCACAACUUCUCAUCGAGCAAGAUCGAGUGUUUUUGGAUGGACUCUCAAAUCCAUCCUUGUUGAAGCCUAUUGAAACAAUUCGUUUCGAUGGACUUGAGGACGAUUCCAAAGCAGUUGAUCCAACCACUGAAGCUUCCAUCAGGAAUCAUUGCAUGAAUAUUCUCUCAAAUCCUUCUCAUACUCUCAGUCAAGUGAUUGUCAAGUUUUCAGAAUAUUUUGGUGACAUGUACAAUAAUGCACAGUAUAUUAGUAAUGGAGGUGAUCAUGAAAUACGAAGUUUAAUUUCAAAAUGUGUCAAUGAUAUUGAAUUAUUUGUAGAAAAAUUAAGCAUGGUUUUAUUUGGAAAAUAUUGGGAGCUUCCAUCACACAAACACGAAGAGAUUGUUAUUGAUUGUAUCAUGGAGACGUUGUGGGGCAAUGGAAUAUUUUCCAAAUUAAUGUAUUUAUUUAUUAAGGUGUAUAGUGAAGAGACCAAUAGAAUGAAUGAAAAAAUUAGCAAGUGUUCGCAUACCAUCACACUACAUGCAUUGAGAGUCUCUGAUAAGUUUCUUCUCGAGCAUGAGAGAAAUCCCUACGAGAAAAGUAUUGCAUUAUUCAAGGAAUCAGAACAAUAUCUAUCGGUGAAUAAGAAGAUUGAAAAAAUUUGCCAAUCCAUUAGCCAAAUCUCGAAGGACGUCAAUGACUAUCAUGCCAAACAUGGAACUCUCAAAGAAUCCAUUGUAGUGGGAGCCGAUGACUUGCUACCAAUUUUCAUCUAUGUUGUGGCGAAGGCCAAUUUUCAAGAUUUAUAUGCCAAAUUUCAAAUGAUUAGUGAACUCAUUCCAGAAUAUACAAUUAAGGGAGAAUUUGGUUACGCACUUGCUACCUUAGAAACAGCCAUGAAUUGCCUGAUGUCAUUUGAUAAUGGUGAAAUGCAAGAAAUUUCUACCAUUGAUCAGAUUCGAAAUGAGCUGAAUUCAUUCGAGACUAAAUUGGAUUACCUUGAUGAUGCCUCUUCGAUGAGCUCGCACGAAUAUGAUAUUCAGGAAACCACUCCAUCCGCAGCACAGCAAUUCUCUCCUAGUGGAUAUGGAUCUGGUUUUGUAUUAAGUAGUAGUAGUGGUAGUGGCACUGGACAUUCUUACAGACAGGUAGUCAACCCAGCUGCUGACGAAGACACGGAAGCACUCAUUGGCGAUUUAGAGAACGGAGGAGAACUCGAUUUGGGUGACAUUUAA